GACGGCUUUCCCACUCCGAAUGCCCAGCAGCUCAAGGCCAUUUCUAAACAAGCCGAUGGCUCGCUCUCAAACGCGCCUCCGCCAGCCAAACUGGCCGACAGCACUCUGCAGUCGCUGCAGGCCAUUGCCGUCAACGAGGAGUUCGAGGUUGCCUACUUCCGCUCUCUCCUUGGCAACAUCACAACUGGUGUCAAGGGUUACGAGUCUUACAAAGGCUAUGACAAGCACGCACUGGAGAAGAUCUUCAAGGUUGUCAUUGCUCAAGAAGAGCUUCACGCUCUCAAUGCGCUCAACGCGCUGAACAAGUUCAAGAAGCUUGCCCCCCUGCCUUGCAAAUACCAAUUCCCCGUCACAAACAUCCAUGACGCCAUUGCUGUUGCGGGAGUCUUCACUUCUUUCGUCAUGGGCACUCUGCAAGACGUCAGCCAGGGCGCCGCCACAGCUGGAGACGUUGGCAUUGUUCGAGGAGUCGCAUCCAUCAUUGGCCAAGAGGGUGAGCAGAAUGGCUUCUACCGCACCUUCAUCGGCGCCGUGCCCUCCGAAAAGCCAUUCUUGACCACCAGCGUCGGCGCUUUUGCUUACUCGUUCCUCAACAACAACGUUAUUGUUCCUGGCUCCUGCCCCUAUGAUGUCAACGCCUUUGGCAUCCCCAUCUUCCAGCAGCUCAAGGUCAAGGGUGGCCCCAUUGCCCUUGCAGUCAAGCCCGAGGACCAGACCUUUGACUUCAGUGCCGAUCUGAGCACCGUCCAGGGCGCUUCCAAGUUCAGCAACGGUGACAGCACCGGCCUCUUUGUCACCUACUUCAGCGGCCAGCUGCUCCCCAUCAGCGUCCCCGUCAAAAACUUCAAGUGGAACGGCGGCAAGGUCACCUUCCAGGCUGCCUUCCCCUUUGAGGAGAACAUCAUGUUCGGCCUGUCUGUUGCUGCCUUGACUGAUGGCAACAACUUUGCCAGCCCCGAUGAUGUUCCUGCCAAGACACUCGCUGCCCCAGCUCUCAUCAGCGUCAACGAUGAG